CCCGCGCCUUGGCUUCCGCGGUGCCGCCUCAGCCCCUCACAGCGACGGCCGCGACCGCGGCUGAGUCGGUGGUGCCGGCGGCUGCAGGCUGAGCUGCGAGUUUCCGAUUUAAAGCUGAGCUGUGAGGAAAAUGGCGGCGGGCGGAUCAAAAUACUUGCUAAACAGUGGACUCAGAGACUGUUAAAAACAAACUCUACUUGAACAUCAUUUUACUGGUUAACCAGUUGCUGAUGUAUAUUCAAGAUGAGUGGAUUAGGAGAAAACCCUUUGGAUCCACUGGCCACUGAUACACGAAAACGCAAAUUACCAUGUGAUACUCCAGGGCAGGGUCUUACCUGCAGUGGUGAAAAGUGGAGAAGAGAACAGGAGAGUAAAUAUAUCGAAGAAUUGGCUGAACUGAUAUCUGCAAAUCUUAGUGAUAUUGACAAUUUCAACGUCAAACCAGAUAAAUGUGCGAUUUUAAAGGAAACAGUAAGACAAAUACGUCAAAUAAAAGAGCAAGGAAAAGCUGUUUCCAGUGAUGAUGAUGUUCAGAAAGCUGAUGUAUCUUCUACAGGACAGGGAGUUAUUGAUAAAGACUCUUUAGGACCACUUUUACUUCAGGCAUUGGAUGGUUUUUUGUUUGUGGUGAAUCGAGAUGGAAACAUUGUAUUUGUGUCAGAAAAUGUCACACAAUACCUGCAAUAUAAACAGGAAGACCUGGUUAACACAAGUGUCUACAAUAUCUUGCAUGAAGAAGACAGAAAGGAUUUUCUUAAAAACUUACCAAAAUCUACAGUUAAUGGAGUUUCCUGGACAAAGGAGACCCAGAGACAAAAGAGCCAUACCUUUAAUUGUCGUAUGUUGAUAAAAACAACACACGAUGUUCUAGAAGAUAUGAGCACCAGUCCUGAAAUGCGCCAGAGAUAUGAAACAAUGCAGUGCUUUGCCUUGUCUCAGCCACGAGCUAUGAUGGAGGAGGGGGAAGAUUUGCAAUCCUGUAUGAUCUGUGUGGCACGCCGCAUUACUACAGGAGAAAGAGCAUUUCCAUCAAGUCCUGAGAGCUUUAUUACUAGACAUGAUCUUUCAGGAAAGGUUGUUAAUAUAGAUACAAAUUCACUAAGAUCCUCCAUGAGGCCUGGCUUUGAAGAUAUAAUCCGAAGGUGUAUUCAGAGGUUUUUUAGUCUUAAUGAUGGGCAGUCAUGGUCCCAGAAACGUCACUAUCAAGAAGCUUAUAUUCAUGGCCAUGCAGAAACCCCAAUGUAUCGAUUUUCGUUGGCUGAUGGAACUAUAGUGACUGCACAAACAAAAAGUAAACUCUUCCGAAAUCCUGUAACAAAUGAUCGUCAUGGUUUUGUCUCAACUCACUUUCUUCAGAGAGAACAGAAUGGGUAUAGACCAAACCCAGGUCCUGUAGGACAAGGCAUUAGACCUCCUGCUGCUGGAUGCAGCAGUUCGGUAGGCAGCUUGAGCAUGUCACAAAAUCAAGGCUUACAGAUGCUGAGCAGCAGGGCCUACGGCUUGGGAGACCCCAGCACCACAGGGCAGCUGAGUGGAGCUAGGUAUGGUGCUUCCAGUAACAUUGCUUCACUGACAGCUGGGCCAGGCAUGCAGUCACCAUCUUCCUACCAAAACAACACCUAUGGGCUCAACAUGAGUAGCCCCACACAUGGCAGUCCUGGUCUUGGUUCCAACCAGCAGAAUAUUAUGAUUUCACCUCGUAAUCGUGGGAGUCCAAAGAUGGCGUCACAUCAGUUUUCUCCUGUUGCAGGAGUACAUUCUCCCAUGGGAUCUUCUGGCAAUACAGGGAGCCACAACUUUUCCAGCAGCUCUCUCAGUGCCCUGCAAGCCAUUAGUGAGGGUGUGGGGACUUCUCUUUUAUCUACUUUGUCUUCACCAGGACCCAAACUGGAUAACUCUCCCAAUAUGAAUUUAACCCAACCAAGUAAAGUGAGCAGUCAGGAUUCUAAGAGUCCCUUAGGCUUGUACUGUGACCAGAAUCCAGUGGAGAGUACAAUGUGUCAGUCAAAUAGCAGAGAUCACCUCAAUGACAAAGAAAGUAAGGAGAGCAGUGGUGAAGGGGCAGAGAAUCAGAAGGGUCCUUUGGAAAGCAAAGGUCAUAAAAAAUUACUGCAGUUACUCACCUGCUCUUCUGAUGACCGAGGCCAUUCCUCCUUGACCAGCUCCCCCUUGGAUUCAAGUUGUAAAGACUCUUCCAUUAGUGUCACCAGCCCCUCUGGAGUCUCUUCCUCAACAUCUGGAGGAGUGUCCUCCACAUCCAAUAUGCAUGGGUCACUGUUGCAAGAGAAGCACCGGAUUUUGCAUAAGUUGCUGCAGAAUGGGAAUUCACCAGCUGAAGUGGCCAAGAUUACUGCAGAAGCCACUGGAAAAGACACCAGCAGUAUAAUUGCUUGUGGGGAAGGAACUGUCAAGCAGGAGCAGCUGAGUCCUAAGAAGAAGGAGAAUAAUGCACUUCUAAGAUACUUGCUGGACAGGGAUGAUCCCAGUGAUACACUCUGUAAAGAAUUACAGCCCCAAGUUGAAGGAAUGAAUAAUAAAACGAGUCAGUGCAGCAGCUCCACUAUUCCCAGCUCAACUCAAGAGAAAGACCCUAAAAUUAAGACGGAAACAAGUGAAGAGGGAUCUGGAGACUUGGAUAAUCUAGAUGCUAUUCUUGGUGAUCUGAGUAGUUCUGACUUUUACAAUAACCCUAUAUCGACAAAUGGUAGUCAUCUGGGGAGCAAGCAACAGAUGUUUCAAGGAACUAAUUCUCUGGCAGGCUUGAGAAGUCCACAGUCUGUGCAGUCCAUUCGUCCUCCAUAUAGCCGAGCAGUUUCUCUAGAUAGCCCUGUUACCGUUGGCUCAAGUCCUCCAAUAAAGAAUAUCAGUGCUUUCCCCAUGUUACCAAAGCAGCCCAUGUUGGGUGGGACUCCAAGAAUGAUGGAUAGUCAGGAAAAUUAUGGCUCAAACAUGGGUGGACCAAACAGAAAUGCAACUGUGAGCCAGACUCCUACCUCAGGAGACUGGGGCUUACCAAAUUCAAAGGCCAGCAGAAUGGAACCUGUGAGUUCAAACUCCAUGGGAAGACCAGGAGGAGAUUACAGUGCUUCUUUACCCAGUUCUUUACCCAGACCAUCAAUGGGAAGUGCUAUGCCAGCCUUGCCUCUUCGGUCAAAUAACAUACCAAGUGCAAGGCCAGUGUUGCUGCAGCAGCAGCAUCAGCAGCAGGAGCAGCAGCAGCAGCUUCAGAUGAAGCCUGGUGAGAUUGCCAUGGGAAUGGGGGUCAAUCCGUAUGGCCAAGCAGCACCAUCUAGUCAACCAGGUUCCUGGCCAGAUGGCAUGCUGUCCAUGGAACAGGGCCCUCAUGCAACUCAAAAUAGACCAAUUCUUAGGAAUUCUCUGGAUGAUCUCCUUGGGCCACCUUCUAACCUGGAAGGCCAGAGUGAUGAAAGAGCUCUGUUGGACCAGCUGCACACACUCUUGAGCAACACGGAUGCAACAGGCCUGGAAGAAAUUGACCGAGCUUUGGGAAUCCCAGAACUUGUGAAUCAGUACUGGGAAUCAAACUUGGGACUUCGCGCUUGCAAGGCAGGCGCCGGAACCACUGAGGGACAAGCUUUGGAGCCCAAACAGGAUGCUUUCCAAGGCCAGGAAGCAGCAGUAAUGAUGGAUCAGAAGGCAGCAUUGUAUGGGCAGACAUACCCAACACAGGGGCCUCCAAUGCAGGGAGGCUUUAAUCUCCAGGGACAAUCACCAUCUUUUAACUCUAUGAUGAAUCAGAUGAGCCAGCAAGGCAGUUUUCCUCUCCAAGGAAUGCAUGCUAGGGCCAACAUCAUGAGACCCCGGACAAACACGCCAAAGCAACUUAGAAUGCAGCUUCAACAGAGACUGCAGGGCCAACAGUUCUUGAAUCAGAGCCGGCAGGCACUUGAAAUGAAGAUGGAAAACCCCACUGGUGGUGCUGCUGCAGUGAUGAGGCCCAUGAUGCAGCCCCAGGUGAGCUCCCAGCAGGGUUUUCUAAAUGCCCAGAUGGUUGCCCAGCGCAGCAGAGAGCUGCUAAGUCAUCACUUCCGACAACAGAGGGUGGUGAUGAUGAUGCAGCAGCAACAGCAACAGCAACAGCAGCAAAGUCAAGCCUUCAGCCCACCUCCAAAUGUGACUGCUUCCCCCAGUAUGGAUGGCGUUUUGGCAGGACCUGCAAUGCCACAGGCUCCACCACAGCAGUUUCCAUACCCACCAAAUUAUGGAAUGGGACAACAACCAGAUCCAGCCUUUGGUCGAGUGCCCAGUCCUCCUAAUGCAAUGAUGUCAUCAAGAAUGGGUCCAUCCCAGAACCCUGUGAUGCAGCACCCACAGACUGCACCCAUGUAUCAGUCCUCAGAAAUGAAGGGCUGGCCAUCAGGAAACUUGGCCAGAAACAGCUCCUUCCCCCAGCAGCAGUUUGCCCACCAGGGGAAUCCUGCAGCCUAUGGUAUGGUGCACAUGAAUGGCAGCAGUGGUCACUUGGGACAGAUGAACAUGAACUCUAUGCCCAUGUCGGGCAUGCCCAUGGGUCCUGAUCAGAAAUAUUGCUGACAUUGCCAUACCCGGACCUCUACGGAAAUCACUGUACAAAUGCUACUGCUGUAGGAUUAUUGGGAGGUAAAGAAUCAUUGUUCAGGCAUCCACUUGUGAAGCGAGGACCAGCUUUGAUCUCCAUCAGGGAUAUUUCACGUUAUGUCAUUUGAGCAGGACUGACUCUUAAGCUGAAGUGCAGCAUCUUUUUUGUUGUUGUGUCCUCCUGUACUUUUGUAUAUCAUGGUGUUCGAAACAGAGUAUUUUUGACAUUCUGCCUCCUAGGGAUGUGAUUACAAUGUUCUCCUGUGUCACUUUCUUCUGCCUUGCUAGCCAAAGUCUUUUCAGCUAAAUGUAGGUGGGCCAGAGAGCAGAGGAGAGAUCAGCACAUCUCUAGUUUCUCUAGUUAGAGUAUUGGACAGGGAGCAUAGUUCCAGCCUUCAAGUGUUUUAUUCCAUAAAGUAAUUUUAUGCUGCCCUUUAUGCAGUGGAAUUGGUAUUUCUGAGUUUUUGUUCUUUGCUGAUUGAUUUGCUCUGUCCCUAGUUUUUACUGUCCUAGGUCUUCUAAUGAACAUUUUCAUUUGGCCCUAAGGUCCUGUGAUGACUUCACCUACAGGGUUUGUCAUUGAUGUCCAGUAGCUUUGCAGAAGGGAAAAUGAGAUGACAGUAUUUAAUUGCAUUGGUGGCAGUUUUUUGUAUGCUAACGUGCAGCUGAGUGCACUUUAAGUAAAUAAGUAAUGGAUAAAUGCAAUAUUCUUGAGGUCUUGAGGAAUGGUGAACCACAUUCCUGGUUUUUGUCUACACUAAUCUGUUGGACAAGAGCUAUGAUUUUUUUAAGUACUGGUGUCACCCUUUGCCUAUAUGGUAGAGCAAUAAUGCUUUUUGAAAAUAAACUUCUGAAACUCUUAAGGCCAGGUACUGCCUUCUGAAUCAGAAGUUUGCAGUGUUUCUGUGAAUAAUUUUUUUGUAAAUACGACCCAUUAAGAUAUUGUAUUAUGUAAAAUAUGUAUAUACCUUUUUUGUAGGUCACAACAACUCAUUUUUACAGAGAUUGUGAAGCUGAAUAUUUAACAUUUGUCAAUUUUUAGUGAGCUCUAUGUGGUGAGGAUUCAAACAAGAUCCCCUGAAUCACCUGGGUGUGGGGGUGGAGGGACGAUAAGGGUCCAGUUUUUCCUCUCCCCCAGCAUUAGAUGCCUCACUCUUUUCAUUUUCUCAAUCUAAAUGCUUUUUAAAGAGAUCGUUUAGAUGUAAGUGAGCAUUUAAAUUUUUUUUUUUAAUUCCUCUACCAGAGAACUAAGCACUUUGUUAAUUUGGGGGGGGGAAUAAAUAGAUAUGGAGAAAUAAAGAAAAAAAAGAAAUCAGGAAUUUGAAGAAAAGCAAUUUGGUUAAAAAAAAUCUUUUGGAUUUUAAGCAGUCCAUAAAUCAUCUUUCCUUUUGUAAAAUUUAAGUACUGUGUUGUCUUUUCAUCCAUUAUAGGAGUGCUGUAAGAUUUUGGUUGCUAGGAGCUGAAUCAACAUUGAGAUUGCAGGAAUAGACUCCUUGGUAUGUGGUUUCUGGUGUCUGCUCAGCUAUCUUAUCAUUUUUCUAAUAUGGCGUUUUCAUUACAUCUCUGCAAAUUAGAAUAGCGUCACUGUUCUUAAGGAGCUUAGUACCCAGAACAGAUAUUGUGUUGCAGUAAUUCAGAACCAUAGUCCGAGCACCUUUGUUACCCCUCCUCCCAAUCUCCUCUGCCAUUUUGUGCUGUUGCCUAUCCUUGACAUUCUAGUCAGUCUGGAGUAGGGGAAAAAAAUCAAGUUUAAUUCCCUUUACUGAGUUAUUCUAUUAGGUUCAAACGGUGGAAUGAAAUUUGGGUUUUGGAAUAUCUAUAAAUUUCAAAUGUCUUUGAUAUCAUUUUCUAGCAAUAUCUGAGAACCAGUUAAGUUUUUUGAAUUUCACACAUUUAGCAAAACUUUCUAGAUGUGUCUGAAGGUAAGAUAAUUUACUUUCUUUGAUAUGCUUAAGAAUAAACGAAGCUCCCUAUUUCCAGAACCUCACCUAGAAUGGAUUUUAUUUUUCCAGCACUUGCAGGCCAUUAUGAGUUUGCCAUUCUUAUCCCUUCCCCACAGGUUAAAAAUAAAUCUCAGAUUUUAAAAUCAUAAACUGCCAUUGUACAGCUUGUGGUUUUCAGUUGAUAUCUUCUUUUUGGGUCACAGAGGCAUAGCUCAGUGUCUCUCAGUCCAGGCAGGUUGGGUGUGUCUGAGCCUUCCUCAGGCUAAUUGUCUACAUGAGGACAGAAUGGUGCUCCUACCUUUCUUGACUUUUAAGAGUUAUUCAAAACAAAGCUUUGUGGUUCUUUUUUCAGUCCUGACUCCAGGCUACAUAGAAGGCAGCAGCGUCCCAUUUUUCUAUGGGAAAAACAUGUUUAUCAUAAGUUUUUAUAUUUUCUACUUGUUGAUUUUUUUAUUGGUGUAAAGUCAAGAUUUUGAUUUUAACAGAUGGAGUCUUUGAGAUAAUUUGUUGUUUUUACCUUUAUUAUCCUUUAAUCUUUUUUGGAUAAUUCUUUGUACUCCUGCUGCCUACCUCUCCUUGUUCUCAGCCGCCCCCCCCCCCCAAAUCCUUUUUUUUAAACCUAAGUAUUUCUUGGGUAGAGUAUAAGUAGUCUUUUCAUCUGCUUUUAGAUUGUGGGAUAUUUCCAGUACCUACUUUUUCGCUGAAUCCAAAGAUAUAUAAAUAAAAAAAUAUAUUUUAUGAAGAUCAAAAUGAUAUAAAGGAGAUACAUGUUUUUUCCUUUAAAAAAAAUAGAAGUUUCAUUGUUAAUGUUGAUAUUAUGCCGCCAUUUUUCUUAAUUGUCCAUCUGGAUUGAAGGGUGUAAAUAUCAAUAAACAGUCCUACUUAGUUUAUCAGUAAUGAAUAUAUAGAGUGAGCUGGGGUCGGGUACUAUAGAAGAUAAUGGCUUGAUGUCCUAGAAGUACUUUUAUCCAGAGGUAGAUGCAGCUGGAAAGUAAACAAAAUGGAUUAUCAGUUGCCCAUAUGCCGGUCCAGGCUCCUUUUUAUUUGCAGAAGCCCUGAGUUUUGUGUACAAGUGGGAAAUUCACAGGUGCAUAUAUCUUCUAAGAUAUAUGAAGAUUUACCCCUGCAGCGGAGGAAUAAAUAAGUUGUUUUCAACUCCAAGGUAAAUCAUUUCAAAUGAGAAGGAUUUUUUUUAUUCUUACCUCUUUUCUUUCCAGUAUACGGAAUUUUGAAGAUAGAAAUGUCAUUCUGAGAGCAAUAUUUAAAUUUCUCAGGAAUUGACUUACAGUAUUAAGAAUUAAUUUGAUUUCAAUCAAGUUUAAGUGUUGAUUUAAAAAAAUUGAAAUUGUUAUUUUACACUGCAAAGAAUUUAAACUACAUGGGAUGACUCACGAGAUGGGGUGGUGAGCUUCGACUUCUUCACCAUUUUGGAUGUCCUUGUAAAUAAAGGUUUCUAUUUAAAAUUG